GGGACCCCCCUCCCACUAUCACUGGAAUAAGAGCCAAGAGCUCCGCGGGGAAGACGCCCACAGCAGGCGUUGUGUCCAUCCGGGUGGACCGGCCGCUUGCACUCUCCUGCAACUCAAGCCUCCAGAGAGGCAUCAUGGGCUUCGGGAAGUCCUCCCCCUUCUUGGCUUUCAGCAUCUUGGUCCUGUGCCAGGCAGGCGGCCUCCAGGCAGCACCAUUCAGGUCGGCCUUGGAGAGCCUCCCGGACCUCGACCCUGCUGCACUCAGUGAGAAGGAAGGGCGCCUCCUACUGGCUGCACUGCUGCAGGCUUAUGUAGAGAGGAAGACCAAUGAGCUGGAGCAGGAGGAGCAGGAGACAGAGGACUCCAGUGUCACCGCCCAGAAAAGAGCCUGCAACACUUCUACCUGUGUAACCCAUCGGCUGGCAGACUUGCUGAGCAGAUCUGGAGGCGUGGUGAAGAGCGACUUUGUGCCCACCAAUGUGGGCUCCGAUGCCUUUGGUCGUCGCCGUAGAGACCUUCAGGCCUGAGAUGCUAACCUACUCCAGGAAGGUUACCAUGAAGCUGAACUCACCACUUCUAUUAAUUUCUGUUGACAACAACUUGGUGAGAAGGCCCCAUGGAAGACAUACAUGUUUGCAUCCUAAUAGAUAACAAAAACCAAACACAUAAAAAACAACCCCCAAACCCACCCUUGUCAAUCAAAAGGAAUGAAAUUGAAUGCAAAACGAGCUAAUUCCAUAUUUGUUGUGCAUCCUUUUUAUAUUUGAUUCUAUGUGCAGUAAACGUGAUAGUGUCUCUCAUCAGCUUAUCUGGUAGCAAACUGGUCCUUUGAGAGAGCUAUCCUGUUGACCAUGGCAGCUUUGCCAAACCGCAGGGGGACGUGACAUCACUGCCUCUUGUGGCCUCUGCGGUGAUGCUAUGC